CAUCACUAGGGUUGGAAAAGGCCUCUAAGAUCACAGAGUCUAACCAGUAACACUCACUGUGUUUACUGCUAAAGGAUACCCCCAAGUGCCAUAGCCACAAACCAUUUGUAGGCUUCCACGGCUGGUGUUUCCAGCCUCUUCCAGUGCCCGAUCACCAUUUCAGUGGAAAAGUUUUUCCUAAUAUCCAAUCUAAACCUCCUCUGUUGUAAUGUGAGGCCAUUUCCUCUCACAUUACUUGAGAGAGGUGACCGAUCCCCCCCUGGAUCCAGCCUCCUUUCAGGUGGUUGUACGGAGCCAUAAGGUCCCCCCGAGCCUCUUUUUCUCCAGGCUAAACAGCUCCAGCUUUUUUUCUCUGCAUGAUGAACUCUACUGCUGGGGAUCAAUACAUAUGGAUGCUAUAUUGCAUUAGCUUAUAGUGCUCCUUACAUACCACUGCAGAAUUAAAAUAUUUCCUCUGCCUUGAGCUUCCUUUCACCUCUGCUGGUGGGAUUGCUCAGGGACUACACUGUUGGUAGGAGCAUGAAAAGUAACCUAGAAAAAUAUGAUAUUUUUUUUUUCUCUUUAAGAUACCUUUAUCCUGACCUGGUUGAUGGUAUGGUCUCUUUUGUGGUGGCCCAGGGCCUGGCAUGAGUGACCAGCUGGGAAACUGGGGAUGAAAAAGACGUGGUGAUGAAAAGAAGUUCAAGAGAGAAAAAGGAAAGCUAAGCACGAGAGGAGAGAAGAGAGGCAGAUAGAUGGAGAUGAGGAACACCCCCCAAAGCAGCAGAAGGAACCAGCUGAAGAACAGCACUGGCCAGAGAAUAUGCCUGAAUGGGAAGAAAGGAAAUCCCUGCUAGCUCAGAGAAGAGUGGAGUCUGUCAGACUGCUUACAGUGCUGUUAAAUCGUGUGAAAUUGGCAAGUCAAAAAGUGGAUCCUUCACUGGGUUUAAAGAAGGACAAUUCAUUUUCUGAAACAGCAUUUAAAGACAUCCAGCAGGAGCUGAUUAACUCCCUUUACCAUACGCACAAAGAGCUGAAACGUGUGGAGUUUAAGUGCCCAUUAACCCCAAAAGGCAGUGCUUUCUGCUGUGAGGAAGGGAAUGUGAGUACCUUCCAUGCACCUGCUUGUCACAUAGUGAGGACAAUUUUAAAUGAUGCCUCUGCAGCCCCGAGCUCUGAUGGACUGCCUGGCAGAGAUGUGUGCAACUCCCUGCUGAUCACGGUCACCCAGCACGGCAGGGUCAUCCAGCCUCUCCCUGCAAGGCACCACCCAGCACUGGACAUUGGUCACUCCCACACAGUGUCUGAGCAAGAUGAUUGCAGAAAGCAAAAGGUUUAUGAGACUGAUGAAUUCAUCCAUUAUUUACUGAACUACUAUCAGACACCACACUAUGCACGUGUUUGCUUAGAGCCAAAAACCACUGUGAACAAGUCCCGGUGGAAGCGAGUGGUGUCUGAUGAUGGUGGUGGGUUUGACAGCAGCUUGAGUAACAAACAUGGUCAGCACUUCAGAGAGCUGAGUCCUGUACAAAACCUCCACAAGAGAAAUUGUAGCAGUGAUAGUAAUUACAGGCUGGUGAUCACUCUUGGAGAAUUUGAGUCAACAGACAAAGUGUUAGAAAGCAAGGUCCAUGGGGGCAAACUUGCAAAAAAGCUGCAGGUGCAGAGGAAUGACUCACUCAGUGUUGAUACUGUACCACAUGCUGGACUGAAUCAUUCUUUGGAGUGCACUACUGUUACUCAUAAUGAGGAAUUCAAACAAGAAGAUGGUAAAGAUGAAGGCACUGUACCACAUGGAACACGUAGAUCUGCUUGCAGAUCAAAGGAUUUGCUGGAAGAGAUCAGUGAUUCUGAGUGCUUUAGAGAGGCAUGUGGCGGCUCAGUGAAGAGAGCAGAAAGAAGGUAUGAAGAAAUUUACAGCAGUUGUAAUAAAGGGUGCUUGUCUACAAGAGCUGGGGAAAGAGAAUUACUGGUUUGCCAUAAAAAUGUAGCUCUGGAAGGUCAAGAGAAGGAAACCAGCCAAUGUAACUCCUGUUCUAAUUCUGUCCAUGAGGGCUUGGCAAGGCAGUGUGAACGUAAACUUAAAAAGUCAUGCAAGAGGUCUAGUAGUAAAUUAAGAUAUGAAGGAAAGAAAAGUGAGAGACAAUCCAGGGAAAAGGAGAAAAAUGCUCAUAAAAUGAAGAAAAAGCGAAAAAAGCUUUCUUCUAAUCUUUUAUCUGAUGAAUGUGGCUUUUCAGAGACGGACAGUUGCAUGCAGCUGGAGUCGCUCAGAAAGAUUCAGAGAAAAUGUAAGAAAAUGUUGCACAAAAAAGUGAAAUUCAAGACACAUCACACCUCUAUGGCUGCACAAGAUGUUGCCCCUCAUGAUGGCUCACCCCUUCAGGAAACCCUCCAGGGGAGAGGUGAGAGAGGGGGACACCACAGCUAAGGGGACUCAAUUUGACAGCUCUGUGGCAGGAGAUGAGAGGAAAUUAAUGUUGAGAAGAGAGAUGGAUGCAGAUGUCAGAGGAUGCCCUCUAUUUCCUCUUGAGAUAAUUCAGACAAACCCCUUCUCAGAUACUUUCUGUGGAGGAGAGCUCAGAAGAGGAUGUUGAACAGCUACUGUAUUAUAGCUCUGAAGUUUUUAUAAACAAGUGGGAGAAGAAAGCCCUUUGAUCAUUAAAAGAAAUAUGAACUGCUGGGUUGGUUUUUGAUUUUUUUUUUCUUACAUCAUUCCUUUGGUUAGAAUAUCUAACUGGUGAAGUGAGUCACAGAAGCAGAAUUUGUGUUUUCUUUUGGAUAACUUCUGGACCAAAACUUUCCCCAGAGCCAGAACAAACUUUCAUGGACUAGUGGCUAAAGAACUUGAAAGGACACAGACUGAGAUCUUGGAGCAUUGCACUUUGAUGGAAUGCAGAGAAUCAUGUAAAUUACAGUAUUUAUUAAUAAUGAGUCAUUGGGAAAAAACCUAAUUGUCAAUCCUAGAGCAAGCAUAUGAAGUGCCUCCUCUAUCAGAUUGUUAUAUUGGUGGGACUGGAAGGUGUGGGGGACAUUUAUACUCAAUUUUGAGAAGUAAUAGGUUUCCAAAUGUGAAAAAGGUCCCAUCUUCUGUAAAAUCCACACUAGAGGAAUCCUUGUUUUCUAUUCACAAUUCUAGAGGUGUUUCUGAAAACUUGCUGCCUUUUGGGAGGAUUUCACUGAACUUAUGCUCAGUGUAGUGCUCCUAGGAAUCUGAAUGGCUGUGUAAGCAAAGCUCUGGGUGUUAGAUAAUGAAAUGGCAGUGCCUCUCAGCCUGCUGACAGUCCCCAUGUAAAUGCAGUUGACAGUUCACAAGAUUUUGAAGGCACAUAUAGUGAGGUAGCUGUUUAGUAUGAGUUUGCCUACAAAUGCUUUCCAGAGGAAUUGUGAAAUGUUGUCAGAGUUGUGCUGCAUGUAGAUAAAAAUGGGAAAAUGCAGUCUAGGAUCUUGAAUUAUAUCCAUAUUUAUUCAUCUGGCUAUAUCUAGAAGACAGCCACAAUUGCUUUUGGACAAAGUCCCUUAGCAAGGUACAGAGUUUGAAGUUCAAUACACUGAUUAUUACAGCUUUCAUUUUAUUAUGCUUUAUUUAUUACAUGUCAGUAGACGAAGUUCAUGUGAAAAUGUUGCCUUCAUUACGUAAGAUCUUACCCAUGUUUGUAAAUUCUGCUCUAAUAAAUAGUAAUAAAAAUGAAUAAUUGUAAUUGUUUGUGGUAGAUAGGUUUUCCCCCAGUCUUCAAUACUGGUGAUUCCUACAGGCUUCUAAGCCAGGUUUUAUCUGUCUUUCCGUUCAUAUGUUGAGUGCCUUUUCAGGGUCAUGAAUGACAAAUGGUUGCUACUCAAAGUACUGUUAAUCUAUUCCUUUUAUCUAAAAGAAUGUUAUUUUCUUGACAGAAAUAUUUUCUGACUAUUUUGGAGAGCCUUUAUGCCCCUCUUAAGUCCCCUCCUUUAGUAUUUUAUACAGUUAUAGUGAAGAGGGACUAUUGUAACAUGUUACAUGUGACCAUGUAAAAUGUUUUCAGUUGCACUGAUGUGACAUACCAAGGGUGUUUUUUCUCUAUGCAAUAUUUGCAGAUUAAAGAUAACAAAACUUCCCCCCUGUCAAUCUAUAGACAGUUUUGUGUCCAUGAGUACCCAUUUCCUAUAAGACAGGCUUUUGGUGACAGGUGAGGAAGUAUUUCUUUUUGUUAAUCUAGAGGAGAAGGAAUUAAAGAUUUCCUUCAGUGUAAAUUUCUAGUGUUUUAUUAACAUGCUGUCACAAUAACCAAUAACAAAUAAAUACUCAAUUCCUGUAAUUGCUUCAGGCAUUCACCUGUACUGACUGAAACUGGCAGAGGAUUUGCUUUGUCUCCCAAGUCCUCAUUCCAUGUAAAGCAUUGUUAGUUAAUAAAAUAUGCAUGCACUUUAAAA